AUGAGGCUCUCGUCGUCGUCCGGCAGCGUCCUCCCGGCUCAGCCGGGCUCGCCGGAAGCUGUGGAGGAGCACAAGUGUCUGAACUCGGAGUUGUGGCAUGCCUGUGCCGGCCCGCUUGUUUCCUUGCCCGCGGUGGGUAGCCGGGUUGUGUACUUCCCUCAGGGCCACAGCGAACAGGUGGCAGCAUCAACAAACAAGGAAAUGGAGUCUCAGAUCCCCAAUUAUCCUAAUCUGCCACCACAGCUUAUAUGCCAACUUCAUAAUGUGACUAUGCAUGCUGAUGCAGAGACAGAUGAGGUAUAUGCACAGAUGACACUACAACCACUCAACCCGCAAGAACUGAAGGACCCAUAUUUACCUGCAGAAUUAGGUUCGGCCAAUAAACAGCCAACAAACUAUUUUUGCAAAACAUUAACAGCAAGUGACACAAGUACCCAUGGUGGGUUCUCUGUUCCCCGUCGAGCAGCUGAGAAAGUGUUUCCUCCACUGGAUUUCACCCAGCAACCUCCAUGCCAGGAGUUGAUGGCAAAAGAUCUUCAUGGAAACGAGUGGAAAUUCCGUCACAUCUUUCGCGGUCAGCCAAAGCGGCAUCUUCUAACUACAGGCUGGAGUGUCUUUGUAAGUGCAAAGAGACUCGUUGCUGGUGACUCUGUCCUUUUUAUCUGGAAUGACAAUAACCAGCUUCUGCUGGGAAUUCGUCGGGCAAAUCGGCCACAAACAGUCAUGCCAUCUUCAGUCUUAUCAAGUGAUAGCAUGCAUAUCGGUCUUCUUGCUGCAGCUAAGCAUGCUGCUUCGACAAAUAGCCGGUUUACAAUUUUCUACAACCCAAGGGCAAGCCCUUCAGAGUUUGUCAUACCGCUUGCAAAGUAUGUUAAGGCUGUGUAUCAUACCCGUAUAUCUGUGGGGAUGCGUUUCAGGAUGCUUUUUGAGACAGAAGAGUCUAGUGUUAGGAGAUACAUGGGGACAAUUACCGGAAUCAGUGAUCUUGAUUCUGUUCGGUGGCCAAAUUCACACUGGCGUUCUGUUAAGGUUGGCUGGGAUGAAUCAACUGCUGGUGAGAGACAGCCAAGGGUGUCACUAUGGGAGAUUGAGCCACUGACAACUUUCCCAAUGUAUCCAUCUCCUUUUCCGCUCAGGCUCAAGCGUCCAUGGCCAACAGGCUUGCCUUCUCUGUAUGGUGGGAAGGAUGAUGACCUGGCAAACUCUCUCAUGUGGCUUCGAGAUACCACAAAUCCUGGUUUUCAGUCGUUAAAUUUUGGUGGACUUGGCGAUGGCCACAGCUGCUUUCCCCAGGAUCCAACAAAGCAGGUAUCAUCACCCACAAUGCUGCAGUUCCAGCAGCCACAGAACAUAGCUGGCCGGGCCGCGCCACUUCUUUCAAGUCAGAUUUUGCAGCAAGCACAUCCUCAAUUUCAGCAGCAGCCAUACCUUCAAAACAUCUCCGAGAGCACAAUCCAAGCGCAGGGUCAGUCUGAGUUCCUCAAACAGCAGCUCCAACGCAGCCAGUCAUUCAAUGAGCAGAAGCCCCAGCUGCAACCCCAGCAACAACAGCAAGAAUCACAGCAGCAGCAGCAAUCACAGUGUCUGCAAGUCCCUCAACAUCAACAAAUGCAACAACAGAACAUGACCAACUACCAGUCUGUAUCGAAUGCAUUAUCAGCGUUUUCUCAGCUGUCGUCAGCCUCUCAGUCUUCACCUGUGUCACUGCAAACAAUAUUACCAUUCUCACAGGCACAGAGCUUUACAGACACGAAUGUGAGCUCAUUAUCUCCAUCCAACACCAACAGCAACACCAUGCAAAAUACACUGAGGCCAUUCUCAUCAGAAGCAGUUUCUCACCUCAGUAUGCCGAGGCCCACUGCAAUACCUGUCCCCGACCCAUGGUCAUCGAAGCGAGUUGCGGUGGAGUCUUUGCUUCCUUCUCGUCCCCAGGUUUCGUCCCAGAUGGAACAAUUGGACUCUACACCAGCUAGUAUACCUCAUAGCUCUGCGUUGGCACCACUUCCUGGAAGAGGAUGCUUGGUGGAUCAAGAUGUGAACUCUGAUCCUCAAAAUCACCUCUUGUUUGGUGUUAGUAUAGAUUCGCAGUCACUGCUAAUGCAAGGAGGCAUCCCUGGUCUCCAAAAUGGGAAUGAUUCAACUGCUAUACCUUAUUCCACCUCCAAUUUCCUGAGCCCUUCCCAGAAUGAUUUUCCAUUGGAUCAUACUCUAAAUUCUUCAGGCUGCUUAGAUGAUUCUGGGUAUGUGCCGCCAUGUUCAGAUAAUUCUGACCAAAUGAACCGACCACCAGCGACCUUCGUGAAGGUUUACAAAUCUGGAACCUACGGAAGGUCGCUUGAUAUCACUAGGUUUAGUAGCUAUCAUGAGCUCCGUAGGGAACUAGGGCGCCUAUUUGGCCUUGAGGGCCAGUUGGAAGACCCUUUGAGAUCAGGCUGGCAGCUUGUAUUCGUCGACCGUGAGGAGGACGUCCUUCUCAUGGGCGACGACCCUUGGCAGGAAUUCGUGAGUACGGUGUCCUGCAUAAAGAUACUCUCACCGCAGGAGGUGCAGCAAAUGGGCAAGCAGGGGCUGGAGCUCCUGAGCUCAGCCCCUGCGCGGAGGCUAGGUAACAGCUGUGACGACUACGUUAGCAGGCAGGAGUCGAGAAGCCUGAGCACCGGGAUUGCGUCCGUCGGGUCGGUCGAGUUCUGA